UGAGCACCUUAUCAGGACUAUUUACCUUUGCGGCUGUCUGCAGCCACAGCUCGUCACACAGGCGUUGGAGGGGAACAGUGGAGGCAGAUCAUUCUGCUGAUCCCAGCACCUUUGGUUAUUAAGGGAAGCACCAGCACCUCCUUGAUCGGAUCCCUCCUCCCUUUUUUGCCAAUCGCCAUCCCACGACAGCCUACCCGGAGGAAAGGAGUCGGGGAGGGGAAAGCGAGGACACACCCGCAUCUACUGUACCCGGUGUACACGGCGAGGAUGCUGCAGACAACAUGAGGUGAAUAUCAUCGACUGUCCCGAAUUGGAAAAUUCUUUUUUCUUUUUUAACCCUCUCUGAAGACAGAAGACUUGGUUGUCGCAGCUGGUUUUUCACCUUCCUGAUACCAGUGUCCAGCAGGAGCCUACACUCGCAUCCAGAUAUGAAGAAGAUGUCAGCAGUCAGAUCCUAGGUGACAUCCUGUGGCCGUCAGGUCUUUACGGUGUUGAGCCCCCUCCCUCUCCUGGCCCCUGCCUGCAGUUCUCCAGGCUGCAGGACCCAGACUCACUGAAAAGUGCAGGCCUCCUCCCCCUGCAGAAUGACUGUUGCCACAGGCGACCCCUCUGAUGAGGCGGCUGCACACCCGGGGCACCCGCAGGACUACGACCCGGAGGCCGACCAUGAGUGUUGUGAGAGGGUGGUCAUCAACAUCUCAGGGCUGCGCUUUGAGACACAACUCAAAACCCUCUCCCAGUUCCCGGAGACUCUGCUGGGGGACCCCAAAAAGAGGAUGCGCUACUUUGACCCGCUGAGGAACGAGUACUUUUUCGACAGGAACAGACCCAGCUUUGACGCCAUAUUGUAUUAUUACCAAUCAGGGGGGCGGCUAAGAAGGCCGGUCAACGUCACCCUUGAUAUUUUCUCAGAGGAGAUUCGCUUCUACGAGCUGGGUGAGGAGGCCAUCGAGAUGUUCAGAGAAGAUGAGGGUUUCAUCAAGGAGGAAGAGCGGCCCCUUCCUGACAAUGAGUUUCAGAGACAGGUGUGGCUGCUGUUCGAGUACCCAGAGAGCUCAGGUCCUGCUAGGAUUAUCGCCAUAAUCUCUGUAAUGGUCAUCCUGAUAUCUAUAGUCAGUUUCUGCCUGGAGACCCUGCCCAUUUUCCGCAACGAUGAGGACGAAAUGCACAAGUCUCAUGCGGCAGUCUUUUCACCUGAGACCAACACCACCAUCAUCAGCUACACUUCCACCUACUUCACUGACCCCUUCUUUAUCCUGGAGACUCUUUGCAUUAUAUGGUUCUCCUUUGAGUUCCUGGUGCGCUUCUUUGCCUGCCCCAGCAAAGCAGGCUUUUUUGGUAAUAUAAUGAACAUUAUUGAUAUUGUUGCCAUCAUCCCUUACUUCAUCACUCUUGGCACAGAGCUAGCAGACAGGCCAGAGGAUGGUCAAGCCGGUCAGCAAGCCAUGUCUUUAGCCAUUCUCAGGGUCAUCCGCUUAGUACGAGUCUUCAGAAUUUUCAAGCUCUCUCGUCACUCCAAGGGGCUUCAGAUUUUGGGUCAGACCCUGAAAGCCAGCAUGAGAGAGCUCGGCCUGCUCAUCUUCUUCCUCUUCAUAGGGGUCAUCCUUUUCUCCAGUGCCGUCUACUUCGCCGAAGCAGACGAGCCCGAGUCACAGUUCGAAAGCAUCCCGGAUGCGUUCUGGUGGGCUGUGGUGUCCAUGACAACAGUCGGCUAUGGUGACAUGGUCCCAACUACCAUCGGUGGUAAGAUCGUGGGCUCCCUCUGUGCCAUUGCAGGUGUGCUGACCAUUGCCUUGCCGGUGCCUGUCAUUGUGUCCAACUUCAACUACUUCUAUCACCGUGAGACUGAGGGUGAAGAGCAGGCGCAGUAUCUGCAGGUCAACGUGCAGAAAGCAGACUCAGCGGAGGAGCUGAAGAAGAGCCGGAGCGGCUCCACCAUCAGUAAAUCGGACUAUAUGGAGAUCCAGGAGGCUGUGAACAACAGCAAUGAGGACUUUCAGGAGGAGAACCUCAAGACAGCCAACUGCACACUGGCCAACACAAACUAUGUAAACAUCACCAAAAUGCUCACAGACGUGUAGUCAUCUGCUAUUUUCCUCCCCGUGACAGCCGGAAAUGUGGAGCUGAGCAACUGGACGGGACAGGUGUACAGCUCACCACCUCACGUGUGCUGGAAAAAUCAAGGCAAUAGAUUUCAGGAUGUUGAUGAUGAUGAUGAUGAUGAUAGACAGUGGAAAAAAAAAUACUACAUAGACCAUUCGCUCACUCUGCGCUCAUCUUGUCUUCACUCCUCACAACUUGCCCCUUAAAACUUCUGAUUACUGUCAAACAGAGUGAAAUCUCAAAUUUUGUAUUUCUGCAUGGAGUUGGCUUUGUCUGUGUGGCUGUUUUAAAAAAAGAAAAAAAAAAAAAGAAUAAUAAUGAAACCUAAAGAUUUCCUGCUCACAACAGUAGCCAACAGUAGUGCACAAAAAGAAAAGAAAAAGGGAGAAACACUGCAAGAAAAAAAUUGAUUAUUGCUUAAAGAAAGCAACACAACACAAGCCCUGCUUUAGUCCCCCGUCCCCUGUUCCCUCAUUUCCCAAGGCACACCGCUCUGCCAUGCGCUUUCUGAAGAGCCCUACUUGCGCGCUACAUAUGCUGCUUCCUGGAGCCAAUGAAACAAAACUGUCUUAUGCUACACCGUUUAGAGAUAAGAGGAUGUGUUAGCAUAAAGCAAGCUCACUCCAGCGCUGAUGUGGCCUGUGGGUGACUUGUGACGAGGUCCGUGGUUAAGUACACCACGUUAUUUCAAGGAUGAAUGACAGCCAUCAGCGCUAAGCUUAUGGUUCGACGCCUUUUUUUCCCAGUAGACAUCAGUAUCUGAUGAAUGACUGAGAAUGGCCUUGACUUUUCACUGCUUUGGUCUUACAUGUACUGUAUGUAUUGCAAUGCAAGCUUUCCCCCUUCCAUUCACCCAAACUGGUCUUACUGCAGAGCUUUGAGGACAGCUUGAAUGUUUCUUCUUGUUUUGUUUGUUUUUUUCACGGUUUCACACAUACGGUACUUAUUCAUAUAGAUAGGUAGGUUAACUGUGACUUAACUGAUAGCCGGUAGGUAGGUAGGUAGGUGCUGUUAGUAGUAAAUGUAGUCAGUAGAUUAUUGCAUGACAUUUUUAUCUGAAUGAGAAUUUCCACUUGUUUCUCGACUGCCACUUGCUUCAUCACACCACUGUAUAUUUGUCUGUACACUGCCUUCUAUACAAAUCCACAGUUUUAAAAGUAUGCCUGCAGGUAGCUGUUUCAAAAAAACUUAAAGCUGUAUGUUAGAGGAUUUCUUAAGGAAUAAUCAUAAGCCCAAAUCCUUCGCUUAACAGGAUGCGGUGUCCUCGUCAAUAUUAACAUUCCAUGUAGGAGUCAUUGCUGUUCAACUUUUGCUGCAGCUGAGCUGUGAUUUCAGGCGUAAACUCACACUCCAGUUUUGGACAUUAAUCCCAGUUGCAGAUACGGUAGACUUGCAGUGCUGUCUUUCUCACAGGUUUGUCACAUGAUCACAUCCUCCUGAUCAAAAUAGCAACUUUUAAGGACUCGUGUAUAGAAUAAUGCUUCCCCUGAACUGCCUUUUUAUCUGGGUUUACGCUACUCUCCUAGUGUUGCAUGACCUCAAAAACAUUCCUAGAAGCAUGCGUUUAAACUCGAAGAAGAAGCCUCUGAGACAAAAAAUUAUUCUAUACAAUAGAUAUAUUUAUUUCUUAUAUAUUAAAAAAAAUAUAUAUGUAUACAGACAAGACACAUAUACAAUACACAGAUACUUUUAUCAGAGAACUUAAAAAAAAACUUAAAUAGCAACGUUUAAAAGAAAGUGAGAGUCUUUCCACAAUACGCAGGUCAUCGCCAUGUUUUUACUUCUAACGAUAAUAAUAAUAAUACCUGUUCUGAGCACUGUUCUAUGUUCUCCUGUUUCAGAGCCUGUUCAGAGUGCCAAAGACACACUCUUACUAGCCGAUUCAAAAAAUAUUUUCCUCACUGGUGAGUUACCCAGCAAACCUGACACAUGUCCUGGAUUUGAAUACUGAAAGUUUGCCUCACUUAUUUCAAAACUGCCUUUUGUGAAGUAGUUGUUGAAAGACAGGGCGCUGUUGAAAACUGUAUCAUCCCUAAACCAGAUUCUUACAUCAGAAAGCUUUUAUUGGCGUUAAACUGGUCAGAAUUUAAAUGGAGUCUGGCUGUCUCCUGAGAAAGUCUUUGAUGCCAGAAGCUCAAUCUGUCUUUAAAAGUUGGCAUCAAAUGUGAAUUAGGUUCUGAUUCUAGGAUUGUGUCCAGCUGAGACUUUCCUCCGUUUGCUCAACACUGCCAAGGUAACAGUCAAAGGCAGUAAUGUCAAUAUGGGAAGUGAUAAUUAGCAGCAGUGUAGCAGAUAUUGGCAAGGGGUCCUCUGACUUCACUCCUGAGUCUCUUGCCUUUCUCCAUCUUUUCAUGGAUGUCUUAGGUAAUUAGAAAGGUGAUGGAUUAGGAGGAGGUCUGUAGCAAGAACUGUCUAAAUGAAUUCUGUCAUGCCAGGAUGUACAUCUUUAUUCUUAGGGUUUCAUUCUGCUCACUACAGUCUUUAACCUGCAGUAGCAAAAUGUUUUUACGCCAUCGCUGCCAAUAUGUGCUCAGGAUGCCUCGUCCACCUGCCUGACAUGAGGCUUCUGAGGUCGUCUCUCUGUCCGAAAUCCCUGUUUGUUUUCAUGCAUCUCGAAAAGGAUUUUUAGAGAAUCUGAACUUGAGCGGUUAUAUUUGUUGCGUUCCCAGGAGAAGCAUAGAGGUGGAUCGACAUGUUAAAAUGGUCAGUAACUCGAGGAUAGGACCUGAUUAAAUAGUUGUUUAGCAAUAUUCCCAUAAUCCUUUGGUGGAGGGGUCUGUGUGGAGAACAUAGAUGUUUGGGUUUUUUUUUUUUUUUUUUUUUUAAAAGAAAAAAGAAUGAACCUUUAUGGGCCUCCACAGUCCAACCAAGAUCUUAUUGAUCAUCAGUUGAGUAUUGAUGUGGUUGAGUUGAUGCAGAGCUAUGUAGGAGUGUGUGUGUGCGUGUAUGUGUGUGCGUGUGCAUAUGUGAGAGAGAAAGAGAGAGAACCACUGAAUGUCAGUGUCUUAGCCUGGAUGUGCAGCUGCAUUUAUGCAACAGCCAUUUGCAUAUCUGUAUAUGUGGAGAAAAAAAAACACACUCACAGUCUGACCAAAAAUAUUUGUCUAUGCAUGUAAAUGCAUCAUCUCCUUUUGUCUUCAUUCCAUUUUUUUUCCUGAUAAAUGUUGCCGAUACAUGUUAACAUUUAUCUUUUACAUUUGAAAUUGUUACUGUACCUCAGCCAAAUUCACUGUAGCAACUCACAUACCAGAAAACACAACGGUGUAGUUGACGAUUAUUUCUGCUUAAAGCACAAAGACGAGUAGAAUCAUCCUCAUCUGUAUACCUGCAGAUCGAACCUGUACAAUGUUUUUAUUCAGUGGAAACCAAGUCAAUUAACAAUGAUCUUGUAUUGCUUUAUAGGGAGCACCACAGCCUCUAAAAAAAAAAAAAAAAAAAAAAAAAAAAGUCAUCUCUCACCUGCUGAGGGACCCACCAGCAAAAUCCACUCCAUGAGAAGGGUGCCCAACAGUGAAUACACUGAGAAAUCUAUGCAGAGAAUGAUUAUUAGCUGGUAGUUGUUUUUGUUUUGUUUUGUUUUUUAUCUGGCACUAAUUACACGUUGAUCCUGAGAGCUGGCAGAGCAUUUGAAACAAACCUUUAAGGAAAAGUGAAACACUUUGCAAUAUUCUGCUGCUGCACGUCAAACACUCAACAACGUUAGCUGAAUGUGAAUAUGAGCUUCGUGAACCUCAGGGUCUGUUUGAACUGCGAUGUCAGCUCUUUGAGACAAGGCUCCUACAUGAACAACAACAACAACAAAAAAAGCCCAACAAAGAAACUCAUACAUACGGGAAACAAGAUGAUCAAUAUGCAAUCUGUAUGCAUGUGGGUGUUUGAGAAAGAACAAUUUUUUUUUUGUUUGUUUGUUUGAUUUGACCCCAGAGCCUGAUAGUGUGGCAUCCACUGAAACAAUAUGUACAGUUGUUCAAGUUGUUCACCUCAUCACCCCCACCCCCACCCCCACGUCCUCCCCCACAUCAUAGAGGCCUGAAAACAUCCAUCAACAUUGGUACAGUGGAUAAUUGAUUUUCUUUCUAUGAAAUGAAAUGUGAGAGAAUAAUGUAAAUAAUAACCAGUGGAUGAUGGAGCAAAAACCAUGUACUAUAUACUGUAUGUGAAGUCUGGACUUAAAACGUAGUAUUAUCUGCACUUUACAAGACAAAAAGGACAAUCUAUGGACAAGAAAAACAUGUGAACUUAAAAAAAAAAAAAAAAAAUGCAUAUAAUCCUUCCAAAUGAUCAUAACCCUGACAAAGUAAUAUCAAUAAUGAAGCCAAUAAUAAUUCAACUGAAA